GGUGGAUCAAGAAGCCUACAAUCAUCUUCAUUUUUCACAGUGCUCUUCUUCUGCUUGUCCUGCAGGAGUGAAUCAGUGAAGGGUGAUGGCAUCUGUUUCAAGGCAACUUCUGGAUGCUCUGGAUGAUCUAGUCACAGAUGAACUGAAGAGGUUUAAAUGGCACUUAAAGAAUCACAAGGGAAUUUCAGCUGCUGCUCUGGAGAAAGCAGACGCUCCUGACACAGUGGAUCUGAUGAUAAAGCGUUUUGGACCAGAAGAAGCUGUGAAGAUCACAGUGGACAUCUUGAAGGAGAUGAACCACAACCAUCUGGCUAAAGAGUUGGAGAACAAACAUAAGCAAGUCACAUUCACCAACAUUGUUCCCAGGACCAGGAACGACUUCCUACAAUAUUCCCAUCAGCUCACUUUGGAUUUGAACACAGUGAAUAAAAGCCUCCAUCUGUCUGAGAGCAACAGAGUGAUUACUUACACUAAAACAUAUCAGUCGUAUCCUGAUCAUCCAGACAGAUUUGAUUAUUGGUAUCAGGUGUUGUGUAGAGAGAGUGUGUGUGGACGCUGUUACUGGGAGAUUGAGUGCAGUGGUGUUGGUGUGUGUAUAUCAGUGUCAUAUAAGAGCAUCAGCAGGAAGGGAGUGGGUGAUGAGUGUUGGUUUGGAUCUAAUGAUCAGUCCUGGAGUUUGUUCUGCUCUCCUGACAGAUAUUCAUUCAUACACAAUAACAUAAAGAGCGUUCUCCCUGUAGAGUCCAUCAGCAGUAGAAUAGGAGUGUAUGUGGAUGUGAGUGCAGGAACUCUGUCCUUCUACAGCGUCUCUGACACUGUGACGCUCAUCCACACGGUCCAGACCACAUUCACUCAGACACUCUAUCCUGGGUUUAUUGUCUAUCCUGGAUCAUCAGUGAAACUGUGUUAAUGAAUCAGAAUAGAUUAACAAGAGAUUCUACCCAUAAUGCUUUAAGCUGCAUAAUAAUUCAGUAACAAAGAUACCUUAGAGAGUCUCUUCAUGAUAUUAAUAUUAACAUG